UCUUCGUUGCUCUUUCAUCAUCACCACCCACGCGCUUUCUCACUCAUCGACCAUUUCAAACCGACGUUAAAAUCACAGCCUCAAACACUCCCCAAAGCAAGCACAGCCACCCUCCGAAAUUAGGGUUUCUUCUAAUUCGAUUUUGGGGAAAUGGUCGCAUUCCGCAGCAUCAGAAUGGCUAAGAUGGAAUCCGAUCAGCUGAACCAGCUGAGGGACAUCUUCGCCCGCUUCGACAUGGACCACGACGGCAGCCUCACGCAGCUCGAGCUCGCCGCCCUCCUUCGCUCGAUCGGCCUCAAGCCCUCCGGCGACCAGAUCCACUCCCUCCUCGCCAACAUGGACGCCAACGGCAACGGCUCCAUCGAAUUCGACGAGCUCGUCGACGCCAUCCUCCCUGACAUCAACGAGGAGGUGCUCCUCAACCAGGACCAGCUCAUGGAGGUCUUCCGCUCCUUCGAUCGCGACGGAAACGGCUACAUCACCGCCGCCGAGCUCGCCGGCCAGAUGGCGAAGAUGGGGCACCCCCUCACCUACCGUGAGCUCAGCGAUAUGAUGCAGGAAGCCGACUCCAACGGCGACGGCGUCAUCAGCUUGAAUGAAUUCGCCACAAUUUUGGGGAAAUCGGCCGUCGAGUUCCUCGGCCUCGAGGAGCCGGUGUCGUCUUCAUCCUAGGGUUUACUCAUCUUAAUUUCAUUUGAUUUGAUUUUUUAAUUGGGGGAAAUGUAUGUGGCGUUGUACGACAAAACUAAUUCAUCUUUUUUCUUCUCUA